AUGCGUUGUACGAGAGUGAAAAAGAGCGAGUGCAAGAGUGACUGUGAGUGUGAGAUUGCAGAAGCAGCUGUUACUCUCCCUGUAGCAGCUGUUACUCUCCCUGUAGCAGCUGUUACUCUCCCUGUAGCAACUGUUACUCUCCCUGUAGCAGCUGUUAUUCUCCCUGUAGCAGCUGUUACUCUCCCUGUAGCAACUGUUCCUCUCCCUGUAGCAGCUGUUACUCUCCCAGUAGCAGCUGUUACUCUCCCUGUAGUAGUUGUUACUCUCCCUGUAGCAACUGUUACUCUCCCUGUAGCAGCUGUUAUUCUCCCUGUAGCAGCUGUUACUCUCCCUGUAGCAGCUGUUCCUCUCCCUACAGCAGCUGCUACUCUCCCUGUAACAGCUGCAGCUGUUACUCUCCCUGUAGCAGCUGUUACUCUCCCUGUAGCAGCUGUUACUCUCCCUGUAACAGCUGGUACUCUCCCUGUAGCAGCUGUUAUUCUCCCUGUAGCAGCUGUUACUCUCCCUGUAGCAACUGUUCCUCUCCCUACAGCAGCUGCUACUCUCCCUGUAACAGCUGGUACUCUCCCUGUAGCAGCUGUUAUUCUCCCUGUAGCAGCUGUUACUCUCCCUGUAGCAGCUGUUCCUCUCCCUACAGCAGCUGCUACUCUCCCUGUAGCAGCUGUUACUCUCCCUGUAGCAACUACUGUGUCCAUAUACAUCCAGCUCUUCAACUUCCUACCUGACGAUACCAGUGAUAUAGCGACCGAUCUGGUGACUCUACCCCGCAAAGUCAGCCUCUCCAUGUUAUAUCUCUUGUAUUGUUGUGAAGGUCUUGAUCACAGCUCCACGUGUCCUGCUCCAGACUUAACAUCAACAGCACUCAAGGCCAUGGCCAUAUCUAGAACACCAUUAAGUCUAAACUUCUAUGUUGAAACAGCACUCAAGGCCAUGGCCAUAUCUAGAACACCAUUAAGUCUAAACUUCUAUGUUGAAACAGCACUCAAGGCCAUGGCCUUAUCUAGAACACCAUUAAGUCUAAACUUCUAUGUUGAAACAGCACUCAAGGCCAUGGCCUUAUCUAGAACACCAUUAAGUCUAAAACUUCUAUGUUGA